AUGGGAAGCAACCAAAGUAAGACUGUGGCAAAAGUACAACCUCACACAACGUAUGAGGGCCUAUCUAAACCCAGCGCCGUGUGGCGUAGCUCUGGUGCUUCGUCAAUGAGAUGUUAUUCUCUGGAAUUGUUUGGUUCGAGAUUUGAUGGCUGUAUAGAUAACGAUUUUCGCAGUCAAAAUGAAAGACAACGUGAAAAAGCGAUCGAAUCCUAUGAAAUUGAGCCUCCAGACGACGAGUUUCAUCCUUUUCACCGAACACCAAAUCAUAAAAUAUUGAACGUUCCAUCAUCAAGAGGAGGAGAAAGACGUCAUGAAACUCUACGAUCUGUGACAGAAGUUCCCCAAGAGUAUCGUGGUGUGUUUUCAUCAUUUCCAUACUUUAACUUCGUGCAGUCAAAAGUACUUGAUGAUGUGCUUUACACAGAUAAACCAAUUGUUGUUUGUUCUCCUACCGGUUCCGGGAAAACGGUCAUUUUUGAAUUGGCUAUAGUCAGAUUGUUAAUGAACUUUCCAGACAGGGAAAAAAACUUCAAGAUUGUUUACAUGGCACCCAUGAAGGCAUUGUGUAGUGAAAGAUACGAUGAUUGGUCGAAAAAAUUCAAUCCUAUUGGAUUAACAUGCAAAGAAUUAACUGGUGACAGUGAAUUGGACGAUUAUCUAGAAUUGCAAACAGCAAAUAUUUUCAUGACGACGCCGGAAAAAUGGGACAGUAUGACAAGGAAAUGGAAAGAUAACAAAGCUCUGGUGCAAGCUGUACGAUUAUUUCUCGUUGACGAGGUGCAUUUACUGAACGACGAGUCACGUGGACCAACAAUGGAAGCAGUGAUAAGCAGAAUGAAAACGGUCAAGAACAGAAAGUCGAAUCAGUCAUCGAAAAGAACAAAUAUAAGAUUCCUGGCCGUAUCAGCCACCAUACCUAAUGCUAAUGACAUUGGAAAAUGGUUUGGAACAGACGAUGAUCCGGCAGCAACAUACAGUAUGGACGACAGCUAUCGGCCAGUAAAACUACGCAAAGUUGUAAUAGGCUAUCCGUGUAACAACAAAAUCACCAACUUUCGAUUUGAUCUUUCAUUAAAUUACAAACUGAACAGCAUCAUACAGACAUACUCCGAAAACAAGCCAACAUUAGUGUUUUGCUCCACAAGAAAGAGUACCCAACAAGCUGGAAGCAUACUGAUAAAAGAUGCUCGCUUUGUAAUGAGUUCGGAACACAGACAAAGAUUGCAGCGUUGUGCAAACACAUCUGAAUCGAAACUCAGAGAUCUGGUGAUUUGUGGUGUAGCUUAUCAUCACGCAGGUUUAGAUUCCUCGGAUAGGAAAUUAAUUGAGGCGAUGUUCACGAAUGGAGAAUUGCCAGUUUUGUUUGCAACAAGUACCUUGGCUAUGGGGGUGAAUCUUCCCGCCCACCUCGUUAUCAUUAAAUCGACAAUGCAAUAUGUCAAAGGGGUUUUUGAAGAAUAUGCUGAAUCUCAAAUAUUGCAAAUGACCGGCAGAGCGCGAAGGCCACAGUUCGAUAAUUCAGCCACAGCAGUUAUAAUGACGAAGGAUUCCAAUAAGUUAAAAUACGAAGCUCUCAUUGGAGGAACGCAAAAGAUCGAAAGCAGUUUGCACAAAAACCUUAUAGAACACUUGAACUCAGAAAUAGUUCUAAACACGAUAACAGACGUUUCCAUAGCGUUGGGAUGGUUGAAAUCUACAUUUCUGUACUUACGGAUACUGAAAAAUCCAAUGUAUUACGGUAUCCCAAAAGGUCUUGAAAUGGACGUCUUGGAAAAAAAGCUUCAAGAUAUGUGUGUGAAAAGCUUGAACACUCUACGGAAUCAUGGACUGGUACAAAUGGAUGAAGGAUUUGACCUCAGACCAACAGAUAUGGGCAAACUAAUGGCAAGAUACUGUUUGGCAUUUGAGUCCUUCAAGUUAUUUUUGGGAUUACAAGGCGAUGAAGAUUUAAAUGAUUUGGUUAAUAUCGUAUGUCAAUGUAAGGAAUUCAUUGAUUUGAAGCUGAGGAAUAACGAAAAGAAAGUGCUCAAUACUUUGAACAAAGACAAACAUCGACCCACCAUAAGGUUUCCAAUCAAUGGAAGAAUUAAGACUACGGAGCAUAAAAUCAGCUGUUUGCUGCAAGCGUCUCUUGGUUGCCUGCAUAUAAACGAAUUUUCUCUGAAUCAAGAUGUUACGAAAAUCUUUCGAUCGGGACAACGCGUUUCAAAAUGUUUAUAUGAAUUUUGUAUGCUGCAAUGCAAUCACAACUUAUUGAUGAACGCACUUCAGUUGAGCAAAUGAUUCAGAUCAAGAAUCUGGGAAAAUUCAAAAUAUGUUUCAAAGCAACUGGAUAAAUUUGGAGUGACAAUGUCGACUAUGUUCGUUAACGCGGUACUAAUAUCAUUUCAAAAGAUUGAAGAAAAAAACCCGAGAGAAAUUGAGUUGAUCGUCAAUCGACACCCACCAUUUGGCAACCAGCUGCACGAUAUCUACUCAUGUCUACCUAAGUAUGAAGUCAGCAUUGAUCAAACAACGAGCUACAGCGUAUCCAAGGCGGAGCUGAUGAUAUCUAUAACGAUGGUGAACCAUGAAAAACGUCAAGAAGGAGGAAAGUCGACAGGAUUUCAUUAUUGUCUUUUAUUAAUUGGAGAUGCUGAUAAUUUUGUUGUGAACAAGCAAAGACUAUCCGAUUCGAUAUUCUUUGAAACUGAAAUAUGGUCGAAAACAAUUGAAGUCAACAGGGCGCAUGCUGCUUCAGAAUUAACAAUAGACGUCAUCAGCCAAGAUUUAGGUAACUCACAAUGUAUAGGUAAAAAAAUUGAUCCAUCAAAAUAUCGCCUUCGUGAUUUAUCAUUGCCAUAG